UGGGCAACCAUUGUAAGGGGGAUCUCAACCCCCCGUCACCCUAUGGUUUGGCCACCCAUGCCCCCACCUCCUCCUGUACUUUUGGCCUUGUCUGAGAAAAUUUGAAAUGUCAGUCAACUUGCAAAAUUAAGGUGCUAAAACCGUUUGUAUGGGCAUGAGCAUAGCUCUCAAACCGUCCACCCCCAAAAUGUGGAACAUUUCCUCUCAUAAAGUGGAACGAAUGAGCAGAAUGUGGAACACAUGCUAACAGUUUGCUAACAAGUUCGGCGAGGAAUCUCAAAGGGUGUUUAAGAAAAUGCUUUUAUUUUUAUAAAACAAUUUUUGAUAAAUGAAUAUGAUUCAGAAUUACUAUCCACUGAUAUUAGCUAAAAAAAAUCUUGGUAAUGAAUGUAAAGCAGACUCUUUCGAUGUGGAACAUUGAGGGGCACGGACUUUUUAAGACUCGGAGGAAGCUUCUCGUAACGUACAUUCGUGAAGUAUGACGCGUGAGGUAGCUCUCGGUGGACAAGAUUAAAACUAAUUUGGAUUACAAAUAUUACGAAAGUUGAAGGGACAACUGUUGAUAUAAUAGUAAUAAUAGCGAUCGCUCAUUACAAAAUGGUAGGAAGCGGUUAUUUAGAAGUCAUUCUCUACUUGCAGCAGCCGACGUUGACGAAAUUAGCGACUAAAACUGGUGGUGGGUACCUAGGUAACAUAAAAGUCCAAGAGAUAUCAAAAUAAGAAGAAUGCAAAGAUUUGUUCAGACUUCACCUCGACUAGGCAGAGGGCAACAUGAAUUUAUUACGCUUGCAGAUAUUAAAGAUGCUGCACUUCUACUCUUGCAAGAAACUGAAUCAAAGCUGCCUCCCAAUUUUUUGGAACUAUUGAGGAGCCAGCAACUGGAUGACUUCCUCAUGUCAUUGCUUUCAUAUUUGUCCUGUUAUCUGGAGAAAAUAGCUUUAGGAAAUAAACCCAAGUCUCUUAUGACAGAGCCUGGUUUAAAAGAAAGAAGAAGUAUGGCAGAAGCUUCAGCCAGAGUUGAACUGACAAAAAACAACCUUGCCCAAAUGUACCUUAUUGUUUUGCUUGGACUUGGUAUGGAACAUCAUCAUCACAUGACUUGUGGAAAGAGCAGAGUUUCAGCAACAAGAAAAGACAGGAUAUUAUUUGAGUGUCUCUACAACUUCUCUGUACACGUGGCCUGGAUAACAUUCAGACGCCAGAAUCUAAAUGUAAUUGAAGAAGAAGUUGGAAGACUAUUUCGUUCAGAUACUUUUAAUCCUGCACUAAGAGUUAAGAAGAACACAACUGAUGGAAGUACAAAAAACACUACUAGAAAUGACAAAAACAAAAUGCCACAUACAGAACACAGGAAACAAUAUACAAAAAGACCAGCUAUAAAAAGUAUUGUUAAUCAGCGAUCUCCAGUGCUUAUCUCUUUACUACCAUCUCCAAAAGAAAAAGCUAAAUAUCUCUUUCAUCCACACAAGGUACAGAUGGAUAAAACUAGUAAAACUUAUGAUGAAGAAGAUAUAAUAGAAGAAUUGCCAACUAUAUUUUCUGCAAAGGUUGGUAUCAUUGGAGAACUUCGAAAAAACUUUGAUCCUCAUACUCUAAACUCACUAGGAUUAGAGAAUGAAAAUGAAGAACAUGAAAAAGAAGAGGACAUCUCAGGAAAGAAAUCUGGCUCUAAUUUCUGUUCCCAAAGCAUGGCAUCUCCAUUUCCAAGAGACACCAGAAGUCGACUGAGCUACAGAAAUACAGCCAUCUCUAGAGCAACAACAGAGGGAGCCUAUUCUGACACUGACUAAAACCAAUAGUGUAGACCUUUUUUAGAUAUUCACAUUUUCUAAUAUGAAUGUAACAUUACCCUUCUGUGUGUUAAUUUUGCUAAGUCUGUUAAGAAAUAUAUACAAAUCUGUAAGUAUUCCCAUUUGGUAAAGAUUCUUGAAUAGCUGUAAGUGAUGUGCCAGAUGAAAAAUCAUUUGAACCACAGCUCUUUUUUUUUGUUCCAUCAGAUGCAUUUCAGCUUUAAAUUAAUUACUUUAAUCCGUAUAUUAAAAAUAAGUUGAAUUUUGCAUUAUUCAUUUGUUAUAUGAGAAUGAGAAGUUCCUGCAGGGCUUGGAUUUACUGAUAGGUGUUAAACUCUGUGCAUAAAGUUGUACUGUGGUAACAUAAUAAAAAAACAUAGAUUCCUCAA